AUGGCCGCCAACGGGGUACCCGACCUCCCAGAGAGUGUCUCCAAGCCCCCAGAGGGCGUGGUCCUACCGCCUAAAGACAUCCGCGCAAUCAUAGAGAAGACUGCAGGCUACGUCGCCCGCAAUGGAUCCGUCUUCGAAGACCGCAUCCGCGAUAAAGAGCAGUCGAAUCCGAAGUUCUCGUUCCUGUCGCCUCAGGACGCCUAUGCGCCGUUCUACCAGUGGCGAUUGUCGGAGGUCAAAUCAGGACGUGGCACCGCUGUUUCUGCUGGGAGGACAGGCGACGCGACGCCUGUGCCCGAGAAGCCCAAGGGCCCAGAGCCGCCGCCAGAAUUUCAAUUCAGUGCGCGCAUGCCGAACAUCAGUGCCCUGGACCUCGAAGUCGUCAAGCUGACGGCACUACACGUCGCGCGCAAGGGCAAGAGCUGGAUGACGGCACUAUCGCAACGAGAAGCACGAAAUUUCCAAUUCGACUUCCUCCGGCCCCAACACUCCCUCUACAACUUCUUCCAACGCCUUGUCGACCAGUACACCAUCCUCCUUCAGACCGGUCUCGAGGGCCAAAAAGCCGAGCAAGCACGUAUCCAAGUCCUUCAAGCAAACCUCCAAGAUCGCUUCCGGGUGCUAGCCUCCGCGAAGAAACGCUCCGAAUACAUUAGAUGGCAAGAAACCCAAAAACAAAAGAAAGAAGAAGCAGAAGAGGCCGAGCGGAUAGCAUACGCUCAGAUCGACUGGCACGAUUUUGUCGUGGUGGAAACAGUCCUGUUCACCGAGGCAGACGAACAGGCCGAUCUGCCGCCUCCGACGACGUUAAACGACCUACAAAGCGCCAGUCUCGAGCAAAAAGCGAUGAUGAGUCUGGCCCGGCCGGACAUGCGCAUCGAAGAAGCCAUGCCCACAGACGACAUGAACGGGUACGCGUACAACGAUCCCUACGCGACCUAUCCGCAGAACAACGGCUAUGCCCCUGCCCCGGAGGCAGCACAGGCAUACCCAGCGUACUCACCCUCUCCCUUCCCACCUCAACCGUCACCAGCCCCAGCACCCGUUCCCGUACAAGCUUAUUCGCCCGCGCCUCCCGCAGCCGUUCCCUCACCACAGCCACCUGCCACCGCGUCUCCAGCUCCUCAACUACCGGGGCAACCCCCGAUGCGCAUCAAACAGGACUACAUCCCGCGUGCCCAGGCCCGAGCAGCACAAUCCCGCGUCGCCACGGCCCUGUGUCCCAACUGCGGCCAACAGAUCCCGGUCGCAGAACUCGACUCGCAUCUUCGCAUUGAAUUGUUGGAUCCCCGCUGGAAAGAACAGCAGUCCAAGGCAGCCGCGAGGUUCAGCACGACGAAUCUGGGAGGCACAGAUGUGGCUGCUAACCUCAAGAGGUUGAGAGCGCGAACGGAUGGGGUAGUGAACGAUCCCGUGGCAGAGGCAGCCGCUCGUGUGCUGGGUGAGCAGGAAGAGGAAGAGAGGAGGAAGAGGUUGAAGCUGGACAGUCAACCUGCAGCGGCACAGUACUCUGGUCUUGGUGUUGCAGGCCACCCGGUGGCUCAGCAGGGCCAAAAACCGGACGUGCAAGAACAGAUACGCCAAAUUCACAACAAGUACAAGUCAUGA